CGUAGUCCACAAAGAAGAAAAGAGUGAAAAGUGAUACGGUGUCGUACUCUAUUAAAUUAUACUUACUAUUAAAUUAUAUUAUAGUGCCGAAGAAAAGGCUGUAUAGAAUUAUAUGUCUUGCUACGAACAUUUCCGGGCCAAAUAAAUAUCCAUAAGGCGAGGAUGCCAAGCGCUGACUGAUAAUACAUGCCGUGGUGGUAGCUCUCGGUGGGAGAGGAUGUUCCACGGGGGCGGAAGUGGUGGGUACGGCGCAAGUUCCGAUUACCAGCAGUCCCAGCAGCAGCAGCAGCAGCAGCAACAGCACGGCCAGCAGCUCCAGGCGCCCGUCUACGUUCCCUCGUCGAGGCCGGCGAUCCCGUCCACGGCGGCGCAGUAUCAUUCCUUCCCCACCUCGCCCUCGCCUGCAUGGGAGAAGACGGCGUCCUGGCAGCACGGAGUGGAGACAUACGCGACGCAUCACGCGCUCGCCGGUCACGCGAGUGGAACCGCGUCGACGAUGGGUCCGCACGCCGGUCCGGGUCAUCCGCACGCGGGACAUCCGCACGCGGCGCAUCCGCACUCGUCCCUCGCCGCGGCCGCACCGUUUUACGCGCAGAACGUCGCGAUGAUGUCCUCGUGGCGCGCCUACGACGGUGCCGGCUUCCAACGCGCCUCGCCUUAUGACACCGCGAUGGAUUUUCAAUUCGGUGAGGGUCGCGAGUGCGUGAAUUGCGGCGCGAUAUCGACGCCGCUCUGGCGAAGGGACGGCACUGGCCAUUAUCUCUGCAACGCAUGCGGACUUUAUCAUAAGAUGAACGGCAUGAACAGGCCGCUCAUCAAGCCCUCGAAACGCCUGAUGUCGGAAUUUCAGACCGCGACGAGGCGACUGGGGCUGUGCUGCACGAACUGCGGCACUCGCACUACGACGUUGUGGAGGCGCAACAACGAGGGCGAGCCGGUGUGCAACGCCUGCGGAUUGUAUUUCAAAUUGCACGGGGUGAAUAGGCCACUGGCGAUGCGAAAGGACGGCAUACAGACGAGGAAGAGGAAGCCGAAGAAGACUCCAGAACCGAAUACCAGAUCGUCUACGGGGGACCACGAAACCAGCGCCUCGACUACAUCCUCUCCUUCCACAGAUUUAAAGAACAAUCAGCAGCAACAACAUCAGAGCGAGUCAAAGUCAUCGGGCUCGUCUACAUCGAUCGAUAGACCCGUUUACCUUGGACAUACAUCUCUUCUCGCCACCGGAAGUACCGGUAUACCUGCUGUGAAAACGGAACCGCGAAGCUGCGAUGGCGUCGUUGGCCAGCCGUAUUCAUCUUACUAUCAGCAUCCGCAUCAACUCGCCACCACGAGCGAGCAUCAGCAGCAGAGCUAUUACGCCACCCAGGAAACGUCCUAUCAUCAUCAGCAUCAUGUCACCACUACGGCGAAAUUACUCGCAUCCUCGUAAUUGUUUAGCGAUCAAAGUUCGCUUCCUGGAAUCGUCUCGGCAAAUGAAUUCGAACGCAUUGAGCGACGAAGAGAAGACUUUUCCGCAACGCGGACUAGCCAAGUAUUCGCUGACAAGCUUACGUCACGAAGUUUGUGGUGGUGAACCUAAGAUUGAAGAUUGAAUGGAAUGAUCUGACUUGAACUAAUCUAUUAAAAGAGAGAAUAAAAAAGUUAACGAUUAAGACAAAUGGAAGGAUUUUUCUAUAAUAAUACGCAGGACUAGUCAAUGACGGACGCGCAAAUUGUUUUAAAAUUAGAAAACCUUUUUUCGAACAUUGUGAACUCAGGAGGAGAAUGUAUUAUUCCUCGAAAAAGUAUAUAUAUAAAACUUUCCAAAAGAAUGGUUACAUCAUGUACAAAAAGCUAUGCGGAUGCUUUGAUGUCCGAUGAAACGAUUCGAGGAGAGAUUAAAUAUCAUGGAUGUGUCUUAAAGAUUUCGAUUUUAAGCGUGUCAUUAACAGACAUAUAUGUUCUAAUCAGGAGGAGAAUUGGAUCUCUAGUCAAUGACAGGGAUUAUAAAAAAAUUAUUUGAAGGACGACGAUAUUAAAAAUCACUCCGCGCUAAUUUAACUAUAAAAUGAGACGCAGCACAUUUACAUAUUUUAUUACGCGCUUCUUGCGUUCAUUCGCAAUACCCGACACACGUGUAAAUAGCUGAGUUAUAAUAAAAUAAUAUAAUUAAUGCGAGAGAGUGCUUCCUGAUUUGACAAAAGCGCAAAGAUAUACGACUAUUUUUCAGUUUUCUAAUCGAACAGUAGUAUAUCUCGAUUUAUAUAUUGACGAUUAGAUGAAAAAGAUGCCUCCAUUAUUUAAAUGUCGAAAUAGUUUCUUCAACUUACUUACGCCGAUUAUUCAACAUAGUUCCUCCUUCGUUACACAAUAAAUGCGCGCUGCAUGCACUAUCCACAGAGUACUUAAUUGUAAAUAAUCCCCAAUAAUAAACUUUAUCGCAAUGUUAGAAAUAGAUCUUUUUCAAUCUCAGUAACUCUUUAUCGUUUUAUUUAAUACUAAAGUGAAACUGAAUCAGGAUAGUUGCUUAUAUCUUUCCAUUUUUGACAAAAAUAUAUCAUCCUGUUUAAAUUAUUUUCUUUGAAUAUUCAAAAGUUUAUCCUAUCUAUCGACAAUGAUAAACAUUGAAUUAUAAAGUCAUAAGGAAAAAGUGAAACAGAGGCGAAAUCGAUUUUUCGAGAUACAAUAAUGUUAUGAGACUCGUAAUAAUAAUCCUUGCACAAAUACAAUAACGAUUUCACUUUGAAAGAUAAAAAGAAGAAGCCUGAUGAGCCAUUCUUAUAAUUUAUUGACUCGCGUAGCCCGAAGGGCUGCCACGGUUUCCUUAAGCAUACGUUUAGUUAAUCAAGAGAAUGUGAAUCUUUGUGUAUAGUUCCUCUAUAACUUACUUUUGCGACGCGCAAUAAAUAAUUUUAUCCACUUAAGACGAGGAAAGCUGCGUUUCUUUCCGAACUGGGGAAAGAGAAAAUCUAUUUGAAAUAAACUCGCGAAAAGUUAAUGAAAAGUAUAAAUCACAAUUACGAUGUACUUCUACAGUUGUGAUUAAAAUUUCUGCAAAUUGUCCACACAUGUGAGCUUUUUAUAUAUGGACAAAUAAAUUAUUGAAGCAAUAUGGCAGUGCUAUAAUUACAUAAUACGCAAUUAAUGGUGAUAUUUCUUCGAAGGCAAACGAGGACACUCAAUUAUUUAUAUGUAUCCGAAAGUUAGAAGCAUAACUUUAAACGACUUUGUACAAUAACGCACGUAAUAUUAUUUGUAAAAUCCAAUGCGUUUCUGACAUAUCUUUUUAAUUGUAUUGCUGAUAAAUAAAAGAAAAUAAAAUUAUACCACCUUGUUGAUUAAA